AUGCCUCUCUCCCAAUACUUUUCCAGUCCGAUCUCGUUCCAAACCCGAGAGCUUCUUGGAGCGUUGGUAGCUCGAGAUCAAGUCCCUCUUGUGGGAAAUGCAAUGGAAAUCUUCAAGACCAAGGCCCCCCCUCAUUCGGGCCAUCCCAACUUCGGUUAUUUGGCACUUCUAGUCUUCGAAGCAGUACUCGAGGUAGUCUGCGUCAGUCUCCCAGGCUACAUCGUGGCAAGGCAGGGUAUGUUCGAUGCCGAAGCACAAAAGUUUCUUGCCAAUCUCAACAUCAUGCUUUUCACGCCGUGCCUGAUCUUUCAGAAACUGGCGUCUCAAUUGACGGCGGAGAAAUUGGCCGACUUGGCUAUUAUUCCCGCCAUCUUCGUGAUGCAAACACUGGUCUCAUACCUGGGCGCCAGACUCAUUGCCAAAUUUCUCAAGUUCAAAAAGAGACAGGAAAACUUUCUCAUUGCGAUGGGUGUCUUUGGCAAUUCGAACUCUUUGCCAAUAUCACUCGUCAUCUCACUCUCCAAAACCCUAAAGGGCUUGCACUGGGACAAGGUGCCACAUGAUAAUGACGAUGAAGUCGCAGCCCGAGGAAUUCUAUAUCUCCUCAUCUUCCAGCAACUGGGUCAAUUGCUACGAUGGAGUUGGGGUUACAACGUGCUCCUAGCGCCACCUGAAUCUUUCACUGUGGAAGAAGGUGGCACAAAACAAGUCGACGAGUUGGAACGAGGACGCGCAGAAUAUCGAGACGACGUCGACUCGGAUGACGAACAACAGCGCCUGCGAGCCCCAAGUUAUGACGCCGAUCGAGAUAGCACCGAUGAUUUUGAAGAAUACGAGGAUGAUCAGACCCAGGUCGGGACCGAGUCUCCCGCAAUGUCCAAAUCUGACGGCCUGAAGACUCCCCGUGAUGGUAACAAAUUUUCGGCGAGGUCCUCCAGGAAUUCCUCACAUCGCAGCCUGAAUACAUCCGGCGAUGUGCCCGAUCUCAUGCCUACUCCUACAAAUGGGAUGGUGGCGCCUCAUCAGCGCCCCGUCUGGCUAAAGACGUUCGACAAUAAGAAAUAUGACGAAGAUUGUGGUGGCAUCCAAGGAUCCGUGAACAGGGCAAAGAAUGUUGUCAGAUCCCGCACCUUCAAGAUCGUACAUGCCAUUAAACGCACUUCCAGCUCAGCCUUCAACUCUUUGCCCAAACCUCUUCAAAAGUCUCUGUCGUGGAUUUCGAUGAAAACCUCGCGAUUCUUCGCAGGACUCUGGGAGUUCAUGAAUCCACCCCUGUGGGCCAUGUUGAUUGCGAUCAUUGUGGCAUCGAUUCCCACCUUGCAACAUCUCUUUUACGACAACGGCACCUUCAUCCGCAAUUCAGUGACGCGAGCCAUCGAUCAGAGCGGCGGUGUAGCAGUUCCCUUGAUUUUAGUGGUUCUCGGCGGCAAUCUAGCCAGGAACACCGUGCCCAAAAAUCCUGUGGGCGCCAUCACCGAUCCAAACGAAGAACGAAAGCUUCUAUACGCCUCUCUGGUGGCGCGCAUGGUGCUACCUACGGUAAUAAUGGCUCCUAUCAUCGCCUUGAUUGCCAAAUACGUUCCAGUCAGUAUUGUUGACGACAAAAUAUUCGUAAUCGUGGCGUUCCUCCUCUCUGGAGCACCGGUCGCUCUCCAGAUUGGACAGAUCACUACGCAAAACAACGUUUAUCCCAGCUUGAUGAGCAGGAUCCUGUUCCAAAGCUAUGUCAUUUGGAUUUUGCCGUCGACUCUGAUUUUGGUGCUGCUAGCACUCGAAACGGUGGAGUGGGCGACUGUGUAG